GCGCUGCAGGCUCGGCCCCGCCCCGUCACGUGACACGGGCGGUGGCGUCCGGGUUCCCCGGGCGAUCGGCGGUGACGUCACGAGCGCGAUGGAGGAGCCGGUGACGGCGGAGCAACUGCGGGCGCGGGGCAACGCGCUGUUCCAGGCGGGGGACCACGGCGCGGCCCUCGCUGCCUACACGGAGGCGCUGAGCCUGAGCGACGCCGCGCCGGAGCGCGCUGUGCUGCACCGCAACCGGGCCGCCUGCUACCUGAAACUGGAGGAUUAUGCCAAGGCAGAGGCUGAUGCAACUAAAGCCAUUGAGGCCGACGGCCGGGACGUGAAGGCGCUGUUCCGCCGUAGCCAGGCGCUGCAGCAGCUGGGCCGCCUGGACCAGGCCGUCGGUGACCUGCAGCGGUGCGUGAGCCUGGAGCCCAGGAACAAGGCCUUCCAGGAGGCCCUGCGUGCGCUGGGCAGCAGCAUGCACGAGAAGAUGAAGACCAUGUCCUGCACGGACUCAAAGGUACAGCAGAUGUUCCAGAUCUUGCUGGAUCCUAAAGAAGAGGACGCGGACAAGAAGCAGAAGGCUGUGCAGAACCUGAUCGUGCUGGCACGAGAGGAGGCUGGAGCAGAGAAGAUCUUCCAGAGUGAUGGUGUGCGGCUGCUGACGCAGCUGCUGGACACGGCCAAGGCUGACCUGAUGCUGGCAGCCCUGCGCACGCUGGUGGGGUUGUGCUCUGGCCACCGCUCCCGGACCUCGGCCAUCCUGGUGGAGCUGGGGGCCCCCCGUCUCUCGGCAGUGCUGGGUGUGGAGCAUGAGCAGGUGUCCCUGGCUGCCUGCAACCUGCUGCAUGUGAUGUUCGAUUCCCUGAAGGAGGGGCUGCAGAAGGACUUCCGUGGGAAGGAGGACGCAGUGGUGCUGGAUUCCUCUAGGGACCUGAAACUGCUGAUCAAGCACCUCCUGGAGCUGCUGGCACUGGAAGGGGCCUCAGCACACGGCCGUGACAACGCCCUCAACCUGCUUAUCAAGGUGGUGCCCAGGAAGUCACCAAAGGAGACCAACAACAGCAUGAGUCUCUGGGUGAUUGACCAGGGCCUGAAGAAGAUCCUGGAGGUGGGCAGCACGGUGUGCGGCAGCCCGGGCAGCCUGCCUGUGACGGAGAACAGCCGGAUGAGUGCCUCUGUCCUGCUGAGCAAACUGUACGAGGACCUGAAGUGCGAUGCCGAGAGGGAAAACUUCCACCACCUGUGUGAGGACUACGUGAGGGGCUGGUUCGAGGGGCACGAACUGCUGGGGAAGCUGCGGGCCAUCCAGACGGUGUCAUGCCUGCUGCAGGGCCCCUUGGACGCAGGCAACAGGGUGCUGGAGCUGGAGGGCAUCAUGGACAGCGUGCUGUCCCUGUGUGCCUCUGUCUGUGAGGCCCACCAGCUGGUAGCGGUGGAGGCGCUGAUCCAUGCGGCCGACAAGGCCAAGCGUGCCUCCUUCAUCACAGCCAACGGCGUCAGCCUGCUCAAGGAGAUCUACAAGCACAGCGAGAGGGACAGCAUCCGCAUCCGUGCGCUCGUGGGGCUCUGCAAGCUGGGAUCUGCUGGCGGCACUGACUUCAGCAUGAAGCAGUUUGCCGAGGGCUCCACCAUGAAGCUGGCCAAGCAGUGCCGCAAGUGGCUCUGCAAUGAGGCCAUUGACGCAGGCACACGGCGCUGGGCUGUGGAAGGCCUGGCCUACCUCACCUUUGAUGCAGAUGUCAAGGAGGAGUUUGUGGAGGACAAGGCAGCAAUGCAGGCCAUGUUCCACUUGGCUAAGUCGGAGGACAGGAGUGUGCUCUAUGCUGUCGCCUCCACGCUGGUGAAUUGCACUAACAGCUACGACCAUGAGGAGCCGGACCCGCAGAUGCUGGAGCUGGCCAAGUAUGCCAAGCAGCACAUUCCAGAGCAGCACCCCAAGGACAAGCCAGAGUUCGUGAAGCGGCGGGUGCGGAAGCUGCUGAUGGCCGGCGUGGUGUCGGCUCUGGCCUGCAUGGUAAAAAGUGAGAACCCGGCGCUCACCAACUCCUGUCGGGAGCUGAUCUCCAGAGUGUUCUUGGCACUGGUGGAGGAGGCAGAGGACCGAGGUGGCGUGGUUGCGCAGGGAGGAGGCAAGGCUCUGAUCCCACUGUCCCUGGAGGGCACUGAGGUGGGGCAGACCAAGGCAGCACAGGCCCUGGCAAAGAUCACCAUCACUUCUAACCCAGAGAUGGCAUUCCCUGGGGAGCGGAUCUACGAGGUGGUGCGACCCCUGGUCAGCCUCCUGCACCUGCAGCGCACGGGCCUGGAGAACUUUGAGGGGCUGAUGGCCUUGACCAACCUGGCCGGCAUCAGCGAGAGGCUGCGGCAGAAGAUCCUGAAGGAGCGGGCCGUGCCCAUGAUCGAGGGCUACAUGUUUGAGGAGCACGAGCUGAUCCGGCUGGCUGCGACUGAGUGUAUGUGCAACAUGGCCAUGAGCAAGGAGGUGCAGGAGCUGUUCCUGGCAGAGGGCAGUGACCGGCUAAAGCUGAUGGUCCUGUACAGUGGGGAGGAAGAUGAGAAGCUGCGUCGGGCAGCCUCGGGGACCCUGGCAAUGCUCACUGCCCUGCACCCUCCCAUCUGCAAGCGCAUCCCCCAGGUGACGGUGCACUGGCUGGAGAUCCUGCAGGCCCUGCUGCUGAGCCCCAGCGCCGAGCUGCAGCACCGCGGUGCCGUAGUGGUGAUGAACAUGAUGGCGGCAGCACGGGAAGUGGCUGAACAGCUCAUCGCCAGCGAGAUGCUGGAGAUCCUCUCGGUGCUGGCCAAGGACAAGGACAAGCCGCGAGUGGCCCAGGCGGCCCAGGAGAGCCUGGCCCAGGCUGUGGCCUAUGGCCUGAUCAAGCCCAACCCUGGCCAGGCCUGAGGGCCCGUGGGGCUCACGCACACGCUGCACACACUGCCGGGGCUGUGCUCACACGCUGCCGGGGCUCCGGCACACGCUGCCGGGGCCAGUGCUCACACGCUGCUCUCAGGGUGGCCCCGGCAGGGUCCGGCCGCCCGCGGGGCUGGCUCAGCACUGCCCGGAGCUGGGGCCACGCUGUGCCCGGCGGCGCCAUCCCGGCGUCCCGGGGCGAGGAGGAGGAGGGCACUCGCCGCUGCCUUUGCCACUGUCUGCCUUAGCCGGGAGGGCCGGCCCGGGGCCGGGGCCGGGACCGGCGCGAUGGGGCUGGGCCCGCCCGAUGACACUAAAGCUGCUCCUGGACCAC